AGGGUGUGUUAAGCAUUGCUCCUAUGAAAUUAACUAUAAAAUCUUCAAAAACAAACGUAUCGGGACGAGAUUGUGACAGAAAACUGUGACCAAAAUUGGAUACCUGUGGUGAUAAUUCUUAAGCUGUUAUGUGUGAGCGGAAGUGCAUCAUGCACCCUGCUGCCAGGUGACCCUGUAGGCUACACCCGCGGAACAUGUCAUGGGACUCUUUGGAGUCGCGCGACUUCCUUGGCGGGGCGCCUGCACACCAGCUGUCUGCCGCACGGCUGAUCAGCUCACCGGAUCCAUCCCGGCACCGACUCGAUGAACAACCAGAAGUAUAUUCUUUCUCCGAAGAAUAUCCGACUGAGAUCCGCAAUGGACGAUGGGGGGCCCGGUUCGGACCAGCUCACCGGCCUUCAGCAGGAUGGCUGGAGUGCUUUAGGGUCGUAAGGUCCAGGAUAGACCAGUACUUGGCGAGAAGGAAAAUUGAGCGCGGUGUAAGACUAUACGGUCAGAAUGAACAACGGCAGGCUGUUAAGGUUUGGCUGUCAGCCCUGCGCGGGGUCAGACACCGCAGUGACAAGUUCUCACUGCUUGGACAUCUAUAUCAGGCCUUCAUGGAUUUUGGAAAAUAUAGAGAAUCGCUAGAGUUCGCGAAUCGUCAGCUUGGCAUAUCUGAAGAGUUGGACUCGGCGCCAAUGAGGGCCGAGGCCUACUUAAACCUCGCACGAGCUCACCAAACUCUUGGCGGCCUGGACAGGGCUUUGUCAUAUGCCCGUCAUGCGCUGUACAACGACUGUGGGGGAGGCUCCACAGCAGGCUGGGUUCACCACACGGUGGCGAGCGUCAGUCUGGAGCUCGGAGCGUUCUCCAAAGCCAUGGACAGCUUCCAGAAAGCGCUCGCCGUUGCGCAGGCGCAGAACGACAACACGCUACUGCUGCAAGUCUACGUAGGUCUAUCAGAGCUGUGGCGCCGCCUCCGAGACACAGAGAGAGCUGUAGCCUGUGCCGCGAGAGCCUGUGACCUGGGGCGAGGUCCGAGAGCUGCCGACCUGAACACCAGACAUCACAGGAUCGCCCUACUACAGAUGGCAGCGGCCCUGAGAGCUAGAGGGGAGUUGGGGGACGCUUACGACUAUUGCAAUGAAGCUCUUCGUCUUUCAACGGUGGUUGGUGAUCAGGGCAGCUUCGCUCGUGCAGUCAGAAUAGCUGGCGAUGUUUACCGAAGAAAAUGCGAUUUUAAUAAAGCCUUAAGACAUUACGAAAUAGCAAUGGGAGCUGGUCAAUCUUUGGGUGAUCGUCUUGCCCAGAUGGAAGCUAUGGACGGAGCAGCGAGAUGCCUGGAGGCCCUCAGAGUCCAGGGCAGAAUUUGCAACUGUAGACCUUUAGAGUUUAACACCAGGCUACUGGAAGUCGCCACUUCUGUUGGUUCUAAGAUGCUAGUUCGUCGGGUCCGUCUUCGCCUAUCAGAGAUCUACACGGCACUUGGCGAUAAUAAUGCCGCGGCAAGACAGAAGAAAGCGGCAGCUUCCUGGGCGCUGCCGGCCUGCGCUAAAUGCCGUGAGCCAUUGGCAGACCGUCCAGAACCGUUGGCGUCAUUACCGUGCGCACAUAUCGUUCAUCAUGCCUGUAUGCCAGAAUCGUGGUCACGGCGCUCAACUCGGAGCACUGGCGGAGAGUGUGCAGAGUGCGCAUCCCCCCGCGCUCCCCGCGACCCCCCACCUGCGCCCGCGCCGCCUCACCACAGGGUACUUAGUCAGGAUUUUCCGUUCGCGUCGCCACCGUUGCUUCGUGAACCCGAUAUUAAUUCUCUUCGAUCAGAUCAAAGCAGCCAAGAAGAGAGUGUGUAACGAUAGUAAGUGCAAUAAAAUGUUGAUAAACCCUUCAAAUCACUAUUAGGUCGUCAAAUUUUGUGAAUAACGUUCAAAACUCGAAAGCAAGAACGCAGAGUACUUGUAGUUGUAGGUACUUACUUGAAAAGCGAGAAAAGAAAUAUAAGAUUUAAUAAGGUAGCGGAACAUUCGCAUUUAAGUACACUGAACUCAUAUUUUCAUCA